AUGGGCAACUUGAAGAGUGUAGCCCAGGAGCCCAGACCACCCUGUGGCCUGGGCCUGGGCUUUGGGCUGUGCAGCAAGCAGGACCCAGUCUCGCCAGCCUCAGAGCCCAGCCAGGCGCCAGCACCCGUGCCUCCACCUUCGCCGGAUCACAGCCCCCCGUUAACCCAGAGCCCGGAGAGGCCCAAGUUCCCUCGCGUGAAGAACUGGGAAGAGGGGAGCAUCACCUACGACACCCUGAGUUCCCAGGCGCAGCAGGUUGGACCCUGCACCCCAAGACACUGCCUGGGCUCCCUGGUGUUUCCGAGGAAACUACAGAGCCAAGCAUCCCUGGACCCUGCAUCCCCUGAGAGGCUUCUGAGGCAGGCCCGGGACUUCAUCCACCAGUACUACAGCUCCAUCAGGAGGAGCGGCUCCCAGGCCCACGAGCAGCGACUUCAGGAGGUAGAAGCUGAGGUGGCAGCCACGGGCACCUACCAGCUUCGGGAGAGUGAACUGGUGUUCGGGGCCAAGCAGGCCUGGCGCAACGCCCCCCGAUGUGUUGGCCGCAUCCAGUGGGGCAAGUUACAGGUGUUUGACGCCAGAGACUGCAGCUCUGCCCAGGAGAUGUUCACCUACAUCUGUAACCACAUUAAGUAUGGCACCAACCGCGGGAACAUUCGCUCGGCCAUCACGGUGUUCCCACAACGCACCCCUGGCCGUGGAGACUUUCGCAUCUGGAACAGUCAGUUGGUGCGCUAUGCAGGCUACAGGCAGCAGGAUGGCUCUGUGCGGGGCGACCCUGCCAAUGUGGAGAUCACUGAGCUCUGCAUCCAGCAUGGCUGGACCCCAGGCCACGGCCGGUUCGAUGUGCUGCCCCUGCUGCUCCAGGCCCCCGAUGAGCCCCCCGAGGUCUUCCCUCUGCCCCCCGAACUGGUCCUCGAGGUGCCUCUGGAACACCCCACGCUGGAGUGGUUUGCAGCCCUGGGCCUGCGCUGGUAUGCCCUCCCGGCAGUAGCCAACAUGCUGCUGGAAAUUGGGGGGCUGGAGUUCCCCGCGGCUCCUUUCAGCGGCUGGUACAUGAGCACUGAGAUUGGCACUCGCAACCUGUGUGACCCCCACCGCUACAACAUUCUAGAAGAUGUGGCCGUCUGCAUGGACCUGGACACACGGACAACUUCGUCCUUGUGGAAGGACAAGGCGGCUGUGGAAAUUAACUUGGCGGUGCUGCACAGUUACCAGCUGGCCAAAGUGACCAUUGUGGACCACCAUGCUGCUACAGCCUCCUUCAUGAAGCACCUGGAGAAUGAGCAGAAGGCGAGGGGCGGGUGCCCAGCUGACUGGGCCUGGAUCGUGCCCCCUCUCUCUGGCAGCCUCACACCUGUCUUCCAUCAAGAGAUGGUCAACUAUUUCCUGUCCCCGGCUUUCCACUACCAGCCAGAUCCCUGGAAGGGAAGCACAGCCAAGGGCACAGGCAUCACCAGGAAAAAGACCUUUAAGGAAGUGGCCAACGCAGUGAAGAUCUCAGCCUCGCUCAUGGGCACUCUGAUGGCAAAGAGAGUGAAGGCAACCAUCCUGUAUGGCUCGGAGACCGGCCGGGCGGAGAGCUACGCCCAGCAGCUGGGGAGGCUCUUCCGCAAGGCUUUCGAUCCCAAGGUCCUGUGCAUGGAUGAAUAUGACGUGGUGUCCCUGGAGCAUGAGACGCUGGUGGUGGUGGUGACCAGCACGUUUGGAAAUGGCGACCCACCCGAGAAUGGCGAGAGCUUUGCGGCUGCGCUGAUGGAGAUGUCCAGCCCCUACAACAACUCUCCUCGGCCGGAACAGCACAAGAGUUACAAGAUGCGUUUCAACAGUGUCUCUUGCUCAGACCCCCUGGUCUCUUCCUGGCGGCGGAAAAGAAAAGAGUCCAGUAACACAGACAGUGCUGGGGCGCUGGGCACCCUCCGGUUCUGCGUGUUCGGGCUGGGCUCCCGGGCAUAUCCUCACUUCUGUGCCUUCGCGCGUGCUGUGGACACUCGGCUGGAGGAGCUGGGUGGAGAGCGGCUGCUGCAGAUGGGCCAGGGGGAUGAGCUGUGUGGCCAGGAGGAAGCCUUCCGCGGCUGGGCGCAGGCUGCCUUCCAGGCCUCCUGUGAGACUUUCUGUGUGGGAGAAGACGCCAAGGCUGCCGCCCGGGACAUAUUCAGCCCCAAGUGGAGCUGGAAGCGCCAGAGAUACAGGCUGAGUGCCCAGGCCAAAGACCUCCAGCUGUUGCCAGGCCUGAUCCAUGUACAUAGGAGGAAAAUGUUCCAAGCGACGGUCCUUUCGGUGGAGAACCUGCAAAGCAGCAAGUCCACCCGGGCCACCAUCUUGGUGCGCCUAGACACAGAAGGCCAGCAGGGGUUACAGUACCAGCCAGGGGACCACAUAGGCGUGUGCCCGCCCAACCGGCCCGGUCUCGUCGAGGCCCUGCUGAGCCGUGUAGAGGACCCACCACCACCCACAGAAGCUAUCGCAGUGGAGCAGCUGGAGAAGGGCAGUCCUGGUGGUCCACCCCCCGGCUGGGUGCGGGACCCCAGACUGCCCCCGUGCACGCUGCGCCAGGCUCUGACAUUCUUCCUGGACAUCACAUCCCCACCCAGCCCUCGCCUUCUUCGACUGCUCAGCACCCUAGCUGAAGAGCCCAGCGAACAGCAGGAGCUGGAGGCCCUCAGCCAGGACCCCCGGCACUAUGAGGAAUGGAAGUGGUUCCGCUGCCCCACGCUACUGGAAGUGCUGGAGCAGUUCCCAUCGGUGGCCUUGCCCGCCGCCUUGCUCCUCACCCAGCUGCCCCUGCUGCAGCCCCGGUACUACUCAGUGAGCUCAGCACCCAGUGCCUACCCGGGGGAAGUCCACCUCACAGUAGCUGUGCUGGCAUACAGGACCCAAGAUGGGUUGGGCCCACUGCACUAUGGCGUCUGCUCCACCUGGCUGAGUCAACUCAAGACAGGAGACGCUGUGCCCUGCUUCAUCAGGGGGGCCCCCUCCUUCCGGCUGCCGCCUGACCCCAGCUUGCCCUGCAUCCUUGUGGGACCUGGCACGGGUAUUGCCCCCUUCCGGGGAUUCUGGCAGGAGAGGCUGCACGACAUUGAAAGCAAAGGGCUGCAGCCUGCCCCCAUGACCUUGGUGUUUGGCUGCCGAUGCUCCCAACUGGACCACCUCUACAGUGAGGAGGUGCGAGACGCUCAGCAGCGCGGGGUGUUUGACCAAGUUCUCACCGCUUUCUCCCGGGAACCGGACACCCCCAAGACCUACGUGCAGGACCUCCUGCGGACUGAGCUGGCCUCCGAGGUGUACCGCGUGCUGUGCCUGGAGCGUGGCCACGUGUUUGUCUGCGGCGACGUCACCAUGGCGACCAACGUCCUACAAACGGUGCAGCGCAUCCUAGCGGCGGAGGGGGAAAUGGAGCUGGACGAGGCCGGCGACGUCAUCGGCGUGCUCAGAGAUCAGCAACGCUACCACGAGGACAUUUUUGGGCUCACCCUGCGCACCCAGGAGGUGACCAGCCGCAUUCGCACCCAGAGCUUUUCCUUGCAGGAGUCGCAGUUGCGGAGCGCAGUACCCUGGGCGAUUGACCAGCCUGGUCUAGACAUCCCCUGUCCUUGAGAGCCCUUUUGCUUUCUACGCCAGCCUUAACUUAGGCCACUCUUUUUCUCCCUUGCCGAGGUGUUUGCCCACAUCUUUCUGGGGUCUGCAGAAAAUCGGCCAUAUUCCUGGAAAAUGCCCCCUCCCGUCCCCGGGGGGUUGGACUACGGAGCCCUGGGGGCCUCGUGGGUUAUACAUAGGGCUGCUAACCGCCAAGAUCAGCGGUUGGAAACCACCAGCUGCUCGUCUGGAAAAAGAUGAGCCUUCCUA